AUGGCGCUGCUUUCCGGAUCCCCCUCCCCGUCCCUUUCCGCGCUCCUCUCCUCCCGCCCCUUCUCCGCCCUCUCUCCCCUUGCUAGCGCCUCUUCCGCCUUCCUUUCCCCCAACCCCCUUCCCCUCCCCGCACUCUACGCGCCUUCCGCCCCCCGCGACCUCGAUCUCCGACUCCCCGGCUUCCCCUCGCCACCCGCGCUUCGGCCGAAACACUCCCCGCAUGCCCCGCGUCUUCCGCCGUUUCUCGAGGACCCGUUCCCCGGUUGCGGAUUCAGGGAGAUCCGUGAAAUCGCGGUUCCGGGAAUAUCCAUUCCCGCAAGGGGCUUCCCCCUCCCUUUCUCCGCCCCCGCGCAUCCCGCGCUUGCGCCGAAGAUAUGGGCGGGGGGAGGUCCGCGCACGUUCCCCGGCGGAGUGACAAAGUGGCAGUGGAAGCGCAUGCAGGAGAAAAAGCGGCGCGCGCGAGAGCGCGCGCAGCUGAUCCGCGAGCAAGAGGCGUUCGAGGCGAAGCGGCGCGAGCAGCUCCGCAUCUUGCGCGGCCCGGAGCGCCCCUGGGGGGAAGAAUCCGACCGCGGAUGGGGGAAACCUCCGCGGGAAGGGCGGAUGCCGCCGGUUCUUCCGCCGCGAUCCGCGGGGCCGCCACUUCCGUGGGAAAAGCCGCGCGGGGUUGAUGACACUGCGCGCCGAUGGGGAGAGGAGGAUGGGGGCGGAGGGCUUUGGAAGGGUUUGGGGGAGGAGGAGGGGACGGGGGGAAUGAUAGUUCCGUGGGAGAGGCAAGGGGGGAAGGCGGAAGGGAAAGCGGACUGGGGGAGCGCGCGAGAGGAGCAAUUGGGGAAGAGUGAUUGGCGGAACCAGGGGGGCAUGGCGGAAGGGCUGGGGGGAAAGGGGGAAGGGGGGCCAGUCCGCUGGGAGCGGCUUCCGCAGGUGCCAUUGGCGGAGCGGAGGCGGCAGGCGGGGGGGGAACGCGGGUGGGGGGAGGAGCGCGCUAGGGGGCAGCAGCGCGCUUGGGGGGAGGAGCGCCUGAGGGAGGACCAGCGCAACAGAGGGGGGCAGCGGGGACGCGCUGCGCCAAUGGCGGGGGAGGGUGUGCGCCCGUGGCAGCGGGAAGGGGAGGGGGAGAUGCGCCAACAGUGGCAGCGGGGGGAGGAGGGGGAGAUGCGCCAGUGGCGGAGAGAGGAGGAAGGGGGAAUGCGCCAACAGCAGCGGGGGGAGGAGGGGGGGCGCGUGUGGUGGGAGGAGGAUGCGGAGGAGGGGGCGGAGAGGGGAAUGCGCCCACGGGAAAGGGGGGAGAGGGGGAGAGGGGAGAGGGGAACAGCAAGGGGGAGAGGGGAAGGGGACGAUCUCAACAAUUCUCUAGAUACGCGGACAACAUGGGGGGGUACUGGGGUAAGAGGGGGAAGGAUGAACGAACGGGGGGAAAUGGAGGAAUUGGCAGAGGAAUGGGGGAAAGAGGGAGAGGAAGGGGGAGAGGGCUGGGUGUGGUGGGAGGAAGGAGGGCUGUAUGGUCGAGGUAGGGGAGGAGGAGAGAAGGGAGGAGGAGGAGGGAGAGAAGGCAGCGGGAGGGGCGGAGGAGAGAGGCGAGAAGGUGGGACGGGUGGAGAUGGGAUGGGAGCAGGGAGGGCAGGAGGGAGAGGAGGAGGAGAAGGAAAGGCGUCCUCUGAAGCGCGCCAAGCCAGGCAAGCACAGCCACCGGCAGCGUUUUCCACACCAAGGGAAGAGGCAGGAAGGGGGAGAGGAGAGGAGAGAGAACGCGCGUGGGGUGUGGGCGGAGGAGCACGAGGAAGGGGAGGAGGGAGAGGAGGAGGAGGGAGAGGCAGAGGAGGAGGGCAGAGGGGAGCUUAUGCUUAUCAAGGAUCAAGCCGGGCGAGCAGGGGAGGAGGAAGGGGAGGAGGGAGGGGAGCGCCAUUGGUGCUGCCUGCAGUGCCGGAGGAGGUGAUUGGUCGGCACGUGAAGCUCAAACACGUGGAGGAUCUUUGGAACGAGGAUGACGGGCCGCUGGAGAGAGGAUCCGGGGCUGCUUAUAACGAGUAUGGGACUUCGCCUGGUGCUGGUGCUGCUGCUGCUGGUGCUGAUGGCACCAGAGAACGCAACAUCAUCACACCACAGGGUCAGAGCAGUGCUGCUGACAAUACCAAGCCUGAUAACACCGGUGAUGGAUGUGAGAACAGCAGAAGCGGCUCAGUGGGAGUGGAAGCUGGCAGUUUUUCCGCCUUGCCGCUAUCUCAGGCCAUGCUUUCAGCCGUUCGCAGCAGCAUGGGGGUUGAUACCACUGCCACGGACAAAACAGAGCGUGAGCGUGCUGAUACCAGCGGGGAAGCAACCAGUUUUACCGCCUUGCCGCUAUCUCAGGCCGUGCUUUCAUCCGUUAGAAGCAGCAUGGGCUUUAAGCGCUGCACUCCCCUACAAGCUGCUACCAUGCCGCACAUACUCGCAGGAGCUGAUCUCCUUGUCAAAGGCAGUUCAGGCACAGGGAAGACCAUGGCUUAUAUGAGAGCGAGCAGAGAGGGCUCUGGGGCAGGCUCAGCAAGUGCUGCAGCUGCUUCAGCCGCCUCAGUCACAGCAGGCGCACAGAAAUUUGCAAGGGCAGGGAGGGAGCAUGGGAGUAGCGGCGAUGGGGAGAGGAGCAGGUGGAGGGAGGAGAGGAGGAGGCGGAGCGAGGCGGGUGGAAAGGGGAAAAGGGAAAGGAGUUGGAGGAGUGGGAGGCACGGGCAGCAAGGGGUGGGGUGGCAAGCAGUGGGGGUGCAGAUGGUGGUGGGAGGGUUGAGUAUGGAUGGUGAGGGGAGGCGAUUGCAGCAGGCGCCGUGUCAAGUGCUGGUGGCGACUCCUGCUCGGCUGUUGGAGCACUUGCAGCAGACUCAGGGCAUGCGGAACAGAGUGCAACAGAUGAAGGUGCUUGUAUGGGAGGAGCUAGAUCGCAUGGUCGAGAUGGGUUUCACUCUCACCAUACACACCAUUGUUCCGCUCCUGCCACGCACCCGCCAAACGCUGCUCUUCUCAAGUGCUCUCUCCAAUGAGAUCUCGCCACCUUACCCCCCACAUUCCCCCCAGCGCCGGCAGCGGCAGCAGCGGACUGCUCCUGAGCCGCAGCAACCAGCGGGCGAAGCGUCUCCACCAUAUCGCUCAUCAGCGCCCCUCUCUCCCCACAGCCCUCUUCCACAACCCCGUUAG